AUGGAGCUGGGGCGAGUGAUCGUUGCUGACGGCACAGAGGUAUUCUACCGCGCAAUGGGCGCGGAAGAUGCUCCCGUCUUCCUCCUACUUCAUGGCUACCCCGCGAGCUCCUUUCAGUUUCGCAACCUAAUGCCCAUUCUCGCGGCACACUACCGUGUCAUCGCCCCCGACCACCCGGGUUUCGGUUUUACGAGAACAACAGCGGAGAAUUACGAGUUCACCUUUGACAACCUGUCCGAGACGAUUGAGUCGUUCAUCGACACGUUGAAGCUCUCGGCGACACCAUUUCCCGUCUAUAUCUUCGACUACGGUGCGCCCAUUGCCCUCCGCAUCCUCCUUCGUCGCCCAACGAUGUUCUCGACCAUUGUAACCCAGAACGGAAACGCAUACAAGGAAGGACUGGGCGACGCUUGGAGCGCAUUCGGAAUACGUGGCUACUGGAACUCGCCCACCGAGGAGAACCGGGAAGCGUUGCGAAACCUUCUCACACUCGACUCUACAAAGUUUCAGUACGAAAUUGGCCACCCAUCUGCCGCCGACAUUCCGCCGGAAACGUAUCAUCUCGACUACUUUAUCUCCAACGAAAACGCCGAGGCAAUGCUCGAUCUUUUUUACGACUACCGUAAGAAUGUGGAUCUCUACCCGGCAUUCUCUGCGGCCUUGAAGAAGGCCAAUCCGUUUGUGCUCGCCGUGUGGGGUACAAACGACCCCUUCUUCCUUCCUGCAGGCGCAGUCGCAUACGCUCAGGAUAUUGCUCCAGAAAGGAUCAAAGUUGUCUUGCUCGACGCGGGACACCUUGUUUUGGAAAGUCAUUGCGACGAAGUGGGCAGCGAGAUCCUUCGAUUCAUGGGCGUAGUGUGA